AUGAACAAUCCGGCGGCAGAGUUGCUCCAAGCUCAAACCCACAUCUACAACCACGUCUUCAGCUUCGUCAACUCAAUGGCGCUCAAGUCAGCCGUCGAGCUCGGAAUUCCCGACGCCAUCCACACCCACGGCAACAACAAACCCAUGCCUCUCACCGAACUCGCAGCUGCCCUCGGAAUCGAACCGGAGAGGAAGACCUACCUGCACCGCCUGAUGCGCCUCCUCGUCCACUCGGGCUUCUUUUUCGCCGCCGGCGAAGAAGAACCGGCUUAUGCGUUAACGCCUUCUUCGAAGUUGCUGGUGAAGGACAACCCGAACUGCCUGUCGUCUUUUGUGAAGCUGGUGCCACGGCCCGAGUACGUGACGCCAUGCUACGUGAUGGGAGAUUGGAUCAACGGCGGCGGAGACAAACGUGUAGCCGAGAUUUCGUUUAAGCCAAACCAAGGUGGUGCCAACAACUCAUCUCGGCGAGAAGGUGGAGAUGCUACGACGUCGUCGUCGGCAUUCGAGAGAGCAUACGGGAUGCCGUUUUGGGAGUACACGGAUCGAAACGCGGGAUUCAACGCCCUCUUCAACGACGCCAUGGCUGAGGAUUCAGGGAUGAUGAACUUGGUCGUGGGAGAUUGCUGCGGGGCGGUUUUUCGAGGAGUCGAGUCGCUCGUUGAUGUUGGCGGAGGGACGGGGACGUUCGCCAGGAUUAUAGUGAAAGCGUUCCCCGGUAUUCGGUGUCAGGUUCUGGAUCUUCCUCAGGUCAUCGGUCGCUUGGCGGCGGGGAAUUCUUCUGGGAAGUUGGAGUUUGUUGAAGGGGAUAUGUUUCAGUGUGUGCCUUCAGCGGGAGCAGUGUUGCUGAGGAUGAUUUUACACGACUGGAAGGAUGAAGAGUGUGUCAAAAUCCUGAAGAAAUGCAAGGAUGCCAUUUCGAGCAAAGGGGAGGGAGGAAAGGUGAUAAUAAUCGACAUUGUGAUGGAUGAGAAGCAGGAGGUGGAUCAUGAAUUGGCUCAAACAAAGUUGAAUUUUGACAUGGUGAUGAUGUUUAUGCUUAAUGGAAAGGAGAGGACUGAAAAGGAAUGGGAGAGGCUGUUCUUCGAAGCUGGUUUCCAACGCUACAAGGUCACUCCUUUGUUUGGUUUUAGGUCACUAAUUGAGGUUUUCCCUUAG